AUGGCGAACGUUCGGGAUAGUGAUACAUCUUUGUGGCUGCACAAUAAACUCGGAACUUCGAAUGAUUCGUGGACUACUGGAUCAAUUUGUACACAACUAAACGCCGAAGUUUUAAAAAAUAUCAAGGAUUGUUUUCCGGACUUGCAAACACAAGUGAAACUUAAAUUAUUGCUGAGUUUCUUUCAUAUCCCGCGCAGAAAUGUUGAAGAGUGGAAAAAUGAAUUGGAAGAGAUUAUUGAAGUGGCAGCUGUUGAUUCUGACUUAUGGGUCGCCAUGCUUGCAGAAGUCCUUAAGACAUUUCCAUCUGCGGGAACUCUCAAUACAGAGAUAGCAGAGUUUGAUGAAACUAGACCAAUAUUCAGUGAUAUGAUUAAUGAGCUGCGAAAAUCGUUGGCAAAACAUUCUGAUCUUGGACUGUUACCACUUGAGUGCCUAUAUUUAAACAAAAAUGCCUUAGUUUCAGUGGUGGGGCAACAGCCCAAUCCAGUGAAACAUUUUACACUAAAACGCAAGCCCAAAUCUGUAGCAUUAAGGAGUGAGUUGCUCACAAAAGCGGCCGAAGUACAAGCAAACCAAAAGAAAGCACAGGCUCCUACUGUGCCUGUUAGAAGUCGAGGGAUGCCUAGGAAAAUGACUGAUACAACUCCAUUAAAGGGUCUACCAUCCCGGUGGGCAGCAAGGACCGGGGCAAGAGUGCCACCUGUACCCCGCCCACCGCCCCGGUCUGGCAUCAAACUCCUGGAUAUUACGGAACAACCGGCUACACAUGCGCAAAUCAAAAAGAGAAGAAAGCUCGAAAUGGAGGAAGGUGUCAAAAAGCCUCCGCCAUCUACGUCACCGCCGCCCGACUUCAAAAAUGUCAAGAAUGAGGAACAACCUGCAACAACAAGCACAGAAGCAAACCCCGAAGCAGAAACGAACGAAGCGACAGAAGCGCCAUCUUCACCACAAGGGCAGCAACAGGCGCCUUCAUUAACGCAACCACUCUCACAACCACCUCCACUCUUAAUACAACAGGGUGCUGCCGGCACAGGAGUGAAACCUCUUGUGGUGGGCGGGCAAGCGCCCAAGCUUCUCAUAGCGGGCGGGAAACCAGUACUUGUUUCUGCCCAAAAUCUUCUCAACACCUCAGCUCUCAUACUACAGCAGGGCGGAAAGACAGUAUUACUACAAAACGUCAAACCCGUGACACAGCAAGUAGUGCAACAACCUCAACAGCCUUUACAACAACAUACGAUAGCACAUCCGGUUCAAAUUCAACAGCCUGUGCAGCAAAUCCAGACUGCGACACAACAAGCGCAGUCCCAACCUCAACAAGGACAGCAACAAACACAGCAGACGCCGCAAGCACAGAGCCAACCGCAGUUGCUGCCGCGUAGAGGACUUUCGCUCACGCGUGAACAAAUGUUGGAAGCACAGGAUAUGUUCCGAAAUGCAAACAGAGUCACCAGGCCAGAAAAGGCUCUCAUACUCGGCUUUAUGGCUGGGUCUAGAGAUAAUCCAUGUCCAAAUCUUGGUAACAUUGUGACAAUAAAACUCUCAGAAAAUAUAGAGAAUGUUCUCCAGUCUGACGACACCUACUUGACCAUGUUAUCAGAGAUGCACUUCCAAAUGAACUAUAACAAUGGCCAAUGGACGAGGCUCAAGAAAUACCGUCAUAUAGAUGGCAUGCUACCACAGAAAAUACCACCAGGUUCCACAGUGAUAUCAGCAAAUAAUCAACAGCCUGUUGUGUCUAUAGCCAACCAAAGUGUUAGUUAA